GGCGACGGGCGGCCGCUGUCGCUCCCUCCCCGCUGCUCUCCCGUUCUCCCCGCGGCCCCGGCGCGGCCGGCAGGACAUGGUACAAUUAAAUAACACUAUGAGCACCUGUCAGUCAAGAUAAAUGAAGAUAAACAGCUGCGACUACUAAAUUAAAAUCUCUGUAGGAGAGGAAUGGGAAAUGAUGCAGAACAGCAGUGGCAUUGGAAGAAAAGCAUGUUGAGAUGGACCUGAAGUGGAAUCCUGACAGAGUUUCUCAUCCAGGCUCAUCUGAAGACCAGGAAACUGAUUUGAAUUGGCAAAGCAACCCAAAUCCCAGUCUGCUGAUUAAAGAUGAUGGAGAGCUGCUUAUGGAUGAACAUCUUUCCCCCAGGAAACUGAAAAUUUUGGCAGGGGUAGAUGAUCUGCAGCAAGUGAAGGCCCUAGAGAUGCGAGUAGACACCAGAGAGAUCAGCUUGGGGAACUUUGGUGUGCAUCUGCCUAAUCUGAGAGAACUGAAGUUGAACAAUAGCUUGCUUGUAUCUGUGAGGGAUCUUGGAACAUCAUUGUCCCGUCUCCGUGUCCUGUGGAUGGCUCGGUGUGGGCUGCCAGAUUUAGAUGGGAUCUCUUCCUUCAGCUCUCUAAAAGAACUCUACAUUGCUUACAACAAUAUCUCUGACCUGAGCCAGCUGACCUGGCUGGAUCACCUGGAGGUUUUGGACCUGGAAGGGAACAAUAUUGAGGACAUCAACCAGGUGCAGUACCUGCGACUUUGUUGCAAGCUAAGCCACCUGACAGUGGAGGGCAACCUUAUUUGCCUGAAGCCAAAUGCAGAAUCUGCAGAGGACCCAGACUAUAAUUACAGAGCAGAAGUAAAAAAACUCAUUCCCCACUUGAAGUAUUUGGACGGGAUACCAGCAAGCCAGACUACUCUCCUUCCUUCCAAGAAGGUGCAUGAAGAUUCUCUAAUCAUCAAGGAAUCCAUCAAGGAAGGUGGUUUAGCCAAAGACAUUUCAUUGUUAGAUCCGUAUCUUGGGGAAGUAGCAAAGCAGUCUGAAUGCAGCCCAAAACCCCCAACAACUUCCAGACCUGGAAAUGCACAGAGUUCUGCUAAUGCAGGGACUUCUCGUGAUGCCAGCCUCUUGGGCGGUGGCUGUCCUCUUCCAGAUCCCACUGUUUUUCCUGAUAAGCUGUUCACAAAAGAUGACUCCAGUGAUUUGACACAUGGACUCCGCCAGGUUAUAUGUGGGAACCCUGCCAAGGCCCUCCAUGUGAGGAGGCAAAAGCUAGGUCCACCUGCUGUGAGGCCUUUGAAACCAUCUGGUCUGACGACAGAAAACCUUUGUGGCUCUGGAGGAGGAAGAGAUCUGCACCUGGAAAAGGUGUCCUCUGACCUGGGAGCAUGGAUGGAGCAGCACAAGGGGUGCCUGCAAACAGGUCAGCAAGAACAAGCCAGCCAAGCACUGAAGGUGAAUGAAGGUGAAGACUGGAGCCUGACUGACAGCUUAGGAAAUGAGUUGAGGGAGGCCUGUAAUGAGGACCUCAUUGAAAGGAUUUCAUUUGACUCUUCUUCCCGUUCCUCCUCAGGUUCAUCACAGGCUCAGGAGGAUGCAGUGUUCUCCAACACAAAACAUUAUCUAAUUCCAUCCCCUCCAAAAAACCCUUCACCUGCCUCUGCAGUGGAUGUUGCAGCAAGACCCUGGAAAACAAGGAUUCAUAGGGGCAUAAAAAUACCCAGCCAAGAGGAGGACAGACAGUGUACACAGAAAUGCUGGUCAAAGGCUCAUCAAGAGUAUUCGGCCCAGCCUCUGGACAAAGAACCCACUCUCCUGGGCCUGCACAGCACGAUGGCUGCCUCUGCAUCCCAAGGGCACUGCCAGCAUGUGGGCUGCACCAGCCAGCCAAGGCCCAUUCCAGGACCAGCAGCUGUUGGGUCACCAAGGAUCAGGCCCAUCAUGGAUGAGAGCCCUUCUAAAGAGAUCAACCACCAGCAUCCAGCUGCCUGCUCAUCCACAAAAGCCUUGCAGAGGUUCAGGCCAAUGAAUUCUGUUUGGCCCCUGACUGCCAGGUCCAUUCUGCAGUCAUUGCCACACAAAUCCAGUGCCACAAAAACAUCUCAGAACAGAAGUCCUCAGUCCUAGAAGGUACCCAGUUGCCAGCAUGUGUUGGAGCCAUGUACAUGGUGCAGCUGUGAAGGAUCAAUGCUAUCUUGCAGCUUCUGCAAGCUAAACACAGAGCAGUUCAAACAAUUCAUGUGAUUUGCCUCAAUUCACGAUACAGCUGGUCCACAAAUAUUUUAAGAGCAACCACUGAUCAACCAAUGAGCUAAUGAAUGUCUUAUUACAGAAAAAUAUGGUUAUUUUUGCAACCUAUACACACUAAAACAGAACAAAUCCUAUCAUACUUCCUCUCAUCCACACCAUGCCCAGCUCUGUGAGUCAGGCAGGGACAGCAAACAGAGCAGAGCAUGGAGCCUGCUGCCUGUGGAGAGGGCUGGAGGAGGUGACCUACCAGCAGCCAGCAGUGUGCCUUUUGCAGUCCUGGAUGUUAAACAUGUGAGGGCCAAAACCAAGGGCUUGAGAGGAAGUGUUGACCAGAGCAGGCUCUGAGGGAAGGGUGUGUUGCCUGAGGAAAAGCCCAGAAAGGCUGGAUGAUUUGAAAGUUUAUGCCCCCACAGGAGCUCACCCUAUUCACAGGCAUUGGAGGUUCUUGUAGGAUGCAUUGCUAUGGGAGCAAAUGCUGAACAAGUGGCUUAUCCCAAUAUUAACAUGUUUGUUUGCUCCAUAGCUACCUGGAAGGAUUUGUCUCACUUCCUCUGAAUAGACAUUGCAUUCCAGAACUUCCCCGACAGAGCUGACUUCUGUCACCAGGUGUCAGAGCAUCCUCUGCAUGUGCCUUUUACCUCCAUCCCAUUUCUAGCUUUCUCAGAUCAAAUAGACUUUCCAAUUUGUUAUAAUUGGAUAAUUUUAAGUGAUGAUGCAGCAAAGCAGGGAAGUAAGGGAAUAAUCUCAUUUUUUAUUUCAAUAGGGCAUUUGCUUCAUGUUCAGGUAAGAUCCAAAAUAUCUGUUUUAGUGACUGCAGUCUGUGAGAUGCUGUUCCAAAUGACUGUGUCUUUCAACUUUAUUGAUGUUGCAGUCUGAAACCAUGCAUCAUCACAUUUUUUCCAGUUUAAAUUACUGUGUUAGAUUGCAUUUUUUAAAUCAGUUUAUAAAA